ACUCCCUCACUUUUCUGGAAACCCCCACCUAUUUCCAUCACCUCCUCUACCUCAACAAUAAUCACAUUCUCCUUGGCAUUAUUUUGGGGUGAGAAUUCUCUUUUACUCUGUUAAAUUCUCCUGCAUAUUAUUGUACAACGAAGUACCAGCCAUGGAAGAACAAUUUAUUUUGAGGGUUCCACCCUCUGUUGCUGAGCGAAUUGACCGCCUUUUAAGUGAAAAUUCUUCUUCUUCAGAAGACAAAUUAGACUUAUCUUUUUCUGAGGAUGGAAAGACUGGCACUUUUGUCAUAGGCGACGAGCACUUUCCUGCAUCACUUUUGAAUCUUCCUUGCAUAGUGGAGUCAUACAAAACUUAUGAUGACAACGUGCUCAUUAAAACAGCAGACGUUGGUCAAAUGAUUAUGGUGAGAGAAGAAGGUGAUGCUGCUCCGGAUGUGGUGGAAUAUAGACAUGGCCUCACACCUCCAAUGAGAGAUGCUCGAAGGCGAAGAUUUCGAAGAGAACCAGAUCUUAAUCCUGAGCUUGUUCGGCGCGUUGAGAAAGACUUGCAGAACAUAAUGGCUGGUGGAACAGCUGAGAAUAUUGAUAUAGAAGUUGCUGAGCAAGAGGAAGGAGGUGAAGCAAGUGCACGCCAUGUGAAUAAGAAAGUGGCGCAACCUGCAACAAAGCCUGACAUUACCGAGCCUGGGACAGCUGGUGAGGAUCCUGAUAGAACUGAAUCUGAGGAUUCUGAUGAUUCAAUAUAGCCGAGGACAUUUCCAGCAAACAAAGAUUAUUAGCUACAAAAGGUGUCGGUUGGCAAGUGGUUACCAAGUUUCUGCCUUUGGUGUAGUCCACUUCAUGGUUAACGGCCUCUGGAACUUGAUAGAAAUUUUAGCUCCUGCAUUUCAAUACAGUUUGCUUAUCGAUUCUAAGCUUGACAAUCACUGUAAUUUAAGAGUUUGCAUUGUCUACUUCCGAGACGUGAGACAGUUACAUUUUGAGUCGAAUGCAGUAGGUAAAAAUGCGUAUGCCUAGUAGUGAUGACCUAACUUCUAUUAGAAUUUGAGCUGUGUUGACAGAGUUGUUAUUUUUUCAACAGUAGAUUACUUUCAAGGCAAUCAAUUUGAAUUAUCAAUA